AUGAGCAACAGCUCGUGGAACAUCGGCGAAGUGAUCGCGCUCAGUCUGGGCGUGGUCCUCAUCUUCGCCCUCUGCUUCGGCUUCAGGAUAUGGUGGGGAAGGAGAAGGGACAAGAGGAGAAAGCAACAAGAAAGGGAUGGUGUUGAGUCGUCGAACUGGUCCCAGUCGAUUCGAACGAUGGGGGUCAAAGCCACGCGCAAGGAGGAGGAGACAGUGGAGGACAACAAGGAGGCGGGCAUGCUGGAGGACAUGUCGGAGGAGGGCAUGGAGAAAGUGGGCACGGUAAUGGUGGUCGUGGUGGUGAUAACGGGGCAGGAGGAGGAGGCAACGGUGGCACAGGAGGUACAAGCUAGGUAG